AACAGCUUUGUCCUUUACCGCUUCUACCGUCUCGACUGCUUGGCCAAGAUGGCGUCGUCUGGCCCCCCUGGUCUCCCACCCGGGCUUGAACUACCCAAUAUCCCCACCCUUUUGGGACCCAUUAUGUGGACCGUUUGCACAGCCCUUCUCAUUUACGGCGUUACGGUUGUUCAAACAUAUGUCUACGUGUUUACAUACAAGCAGGACGAGACUUGGGUAAAAAGUUUGGUAUACGCAGUCACAUUCUUGGAGACGGUACACAGUAUCAUCGUGUUCGCGUUGUACUAUGAUGCUUUCAUCGCAGGUGCCGGGCAUCUAGAAACGUUACCUCUGAUUCCUUGGACGGUCCCUGCUGUAUUUUUCGUCAAUUGUAUUGUCGUGGUUCUUGUACAAGGGUUCUAUAUUCGACGUAUCUGGAUCCUCAGCAACCGCUUUUGGCCUCUCCUGGUCGUCUUGGUAUCAAUUCUUGUAUUGCGUAUAGGCUUCGCUUUAGCGACAUUCGGCUUUUUCGUAAGCCUGGAAACCUGGGACUCUUUCCGAACGCGUAAUGGCCCUUUGGUUACUAUCAGUUGCGGCCUUGGCUUUGCAGUCCUGAUGGACAUGUGUAUUGCCGGUCUUCUGAUUUGGUAUCUUGCCCGUGGUCGCUCAGGGUAUCGCAGGACGGACGGAGUCAUCAGCUUCCUGAUUGCAUAUGCCGUGAAUACUGGUCUUCUCACGAUGGCGGUUUCGACUGCCAUAGUAUUCACGUUUGCUUUCAUGAAGGAAAGUCUGCUCUUUGCGGGAUUCAAUUUGAUCGCUAGCAAACUUUAUGCCAACUCCUUCCUUGGGACUCUCAAUGCAAGACAGAUCCUGCGAGCACAGACUGCCAAGGUCAUGGGUGCUCAAAAUAGUCGUGUGGACUGGCGAGGUCAAGAUACUGGCAACUCGGAUCUCCACGCCUAUUCACACGCUCACACCUUUGCAGAUAAUGCUAUGGACAAACACGAAGAAUGGUAGCAGGCAGCACGGUUACAUCGAAAUAUACCACGACUUAUCAGUCAACAUGACAUGAACUUUCUUCAUAUCUCCUGAACCACACCUUGAUGGAGUUCAUUUGCUUUACUGUACAUAUUGUAUCUACACACUCCUUUUAUCUCUGUAAAAGUCGCUCCCACUCCCUUCAGAUGCGAUUCCCUACGCACAUUACUAGACGGUUCUUGUCGUAAUGUCUACUCCUAGUUGAAAUGAACGGGAGCACAUCCAAUAUCGAUGACACCGCCUGUUAAAGAAAAUAUUAGGAUGAGUCACAUUCCC